CUUAACUCCUGACGCUUGGUUACGAAAGCUCUGGGUUUGAGAGUUUGUGCUUUGAAAUGUCACACACAAACACUGUCACUUAUUUAUAGUGCUUGUUAAUGCGAUGGGUUUGGAUGCAUGAUAAUUUUAAAGACGAUAUCAAUCAAAGGGAAUUCUAUUUAAGGUUGGGACCAAGCACUCUUCAGUCGCAGGAAUUUUAUUAAUUGGACAUCAUGUUGGAGUAUGAGAAUCAGAUGCUCUUGGACUUGUUACAUGAAGAUGGUCUUCUGGUGGCGGCCAAGGGGCUGGGACUAGAAAGAGUCCUGGAGAGUCUGAUUACUACAUUUAAUGACCCUGGUAAUUUGGUGAUCGUUAUUGGCACCACACCAAAGGAAGAGGAGUUCAUACUCUCGCGGUUGGAAAAUGAGGGUGUCACGUCUUUGCCUCGAUGUAUUACCGCGGAAUGUUCGGUAAAUGAAAGAUCACAGAUAUAUAUGAAAGGUGGGGUGCUCUUCAUUACUUCACGCAUCAUGGUAAUGGACCUGCUAAUGGAACGUGUUCCCAUCCCACUUAUAACUGGAAUCAUUGUUUGGAAGGCGCACAAAAUUCUAGAAUCCUGUCAAGAGGCUUUUAUACUCAGACUGUACCGCCAGAAAAAUAAGACAGGGUUUGUGAAGGCCUUGACAAGCAGUCCACUGUCUUUCACAGCUGGCUUCUGUCAUGUUGAGCGAGUGAUGAGAAACCUUUUCGUCAAGAGACUGUACCUCUGGCCUCGUUUUCACAUGGAUGUUUCAAACUGUUUGGAGCGCUGUAAACCAGAGGUUAUAGAGCUCCACAUGAAAAUGACCGCACCAAUGAAGCAGAUCCAGACGGCUUUGUUAGACCUCAUCACUGCAACUGUACAGGAAUUACGUCUUUCCAACAACAAAAUUGAUACGGAAGAAUUUACUGCGGAGAAUGCAAUAUCAAGAUCAUUUGAAAAAAUGUUGAAGAUUCAGUUAGACCCAAUUUGGCAUCAACUCUCAUCAAGAACAAGGACACUCAUUGCUGAUCUGAAGGUGCUUCGAACAGUGUUGAUAUACCUUACACAGUAUGACUGCGUCACAUUCUACAACUUAGUAAGCUCUUUAAGGACCACUGAAAAGGCAAUUCAGAGCUCCGGAUGGAUGUUGCUGGGUUCUGCUGAAUCACUCUUUGUUAGUGCAAAGGAGCGGGUAUUUGGGAAUACAACAGCCAGCCCAACGAAGUUGGCCGCUGAGGGCAACUUAAAUAAACAAAAGAUGCAAUUACUAGAGCCGAAGUUAGAGGUAAACCCAAAGUGGGUGGCAUUGUCAGAGGUGCUGGCAGAAAUAAGGGAGGAAGCUGAGGAAAGCAAACACUUGGAGAAAUGUCUUGUAGUCACUCAUGAUGACCGCACCGCUCAGCAGUUAAAACAGUAUUUGGUGGAUGGAGCUCAGACCGUCUUAAAACGGAUAUUUUACAACACCUUGGGAGCAAAGUUAGGACUCAAUCCACCAAAAGGAUUUGAGAAAGAGCCAGAGGUUAAAAACAAAAAGAAUAACGUGAAAGGGAAAAAAGCAGCCGUAAAGAGAAAGGCCGACGAGGGUGAUGGCCAGCCACGUGAACCAAAAGAUCUGGGGAGGAAGGGCAAGAAAACUAAAGUUGAGGACCCGACCGAGAUAACAUUGACUCAGAUUGCCAAAAGAUACGACUUUGUCGGAUUGGACCAGGAUGAGGAUGGAGCCGAGGAAAAAAGUGAAGAGGAAGCGAUCAAACAAAGACUCUUGGAAUCUCCCCUGAUCUUGGUUAGACCAACAAGGGAUGGAUCAGACCCAUUCAUGAUGCCAAAACUAUUAGAGGAAGUUCAGCCAAAAUAUAUCAUUAUGUAUGAUAUGGAUAUAACCUUCAUAAGAGAAGUAGAGGUGUGGCAAGCGAACCACCCCAUACAGUCACGUGUAUAUUUCUUGCUGUACAAAGGCACAACGGAAGAGCAAAGUUACCUAACUAAUAUAAAGAGAGAAAAAGAUGCCUUUGAGUACCUGAUCAAUGAGAAAGCU